CGGACGCAUAAAGUAGUCCGGAUGUCUUACCAACUUCCUUUUCACUGUGGCCGCCAUAGCGUGUGGAGCGUGGUUCCCGGCGAGCCGAAAACUAAAUACCGAAAAUGGCCUGUGCCCGACCCCUCAUCUCGGUGUUUUCCGAGAAAGGAGAAUCCUCAGGCAAAAAUGUUGUCAUGCCUGCUGUGUUCAAGGCCCCAAUUCGUCCUGAUGUUGUGAAUUUUGUGCACACCAACAUGCGCAAGAACAACCGCCAGCCAUAUGCAGUCAGUGAACUGGCAGGCCACCAGACCAGCGCAGAGUCAUGGGGUACAGGAAGAGCUGUGGCUCGUAUCCCCCGUGUUAGAGGUGGUGGUACUCACCGCUCUGGCCAGGGUGCUUUUGGAAAUAUGUGUCGUGGUGGUCGCAUGUUCGCCCCCACCAAGACCUGGCGCCGCUGGCACCGCAGGAUCAACACUCCCCAGAAGCGCUAUGCCAUCUGCUCUGCCCUGGCAGCCUCUGCCAUCCCCGCACUUGUGAUGUCCAAGGGACACCGCAUUGAGGAGAUUCCUGAGGUCCCACUGGUGGUUGAGGACAAAGUUGAGGGCUACAAGAAGACCAAGGAGGCAGUGCUCCUGCUCAAGAAGCUGAAGGCUUGGAAUGACAUCAAGAAGGUCUACGCCUCUCAGCGCAUGCGUGCUGGUAAGGGUAAGAUGAGGAAUCGCAGACGAAUCCAGCGCAGAGGGCCAUGCAUCAUCUAUAAUCAAGAUGCUGGUUUAACCAAAGCCUUCAGAAAUAUUCCAGGCAUCACUCUGCAGAACGUGAACAAGCUGAACCUCCUGAGGCUCGCUCCUGGUGGUCACGUUGGACGGUUCUGCAUCUGGACCGAGAGCGCUUUCCGCAAGCUGGAUGAUCUGUAUGGCACCUGGCGUAAACCUUCCACCCAGAAGAUUGACUUCAAUUUGCCAAUGCACAAGAUGACCAACACAGACUUGAGCAGGAUUCUUAAGAGUGAGGAGAUCCAGAAAGCACUUCGUGCACCUCGCAAGAAGAUCAACCGCAGAGUUAUGAAGAAGAAUCCUCUGAAGAACUUGAAGAUCAUGUUCAAACUGAACCCAUACGCCAAGACAGCAAGACGUCAUGCUAUCCUUAAGCAUGAUCCCAAGAUCAAGGCCAAGAUGCUUAAACCCAAGAAGAGGCCCGCAAAGAAGAGGGCAACUGAGGCACCCAAACCCAAGGCAUAAAUCUACACAGACUGGAGUUCAGUUCAGAUUAAUAAAUCUGUUGUUUCAAA